GUGAGCUAAAAACACGCUGCCGUUGCUAUUUCAUCGGAGGGGUUAAAUGUAGCCGGUCUGCGGGCAUCACGGUAACACGUCAACAGCUCCCGGUCUAUUAAGACCCAUCUACACAUUGGUUUCGGAAGCCCCUGGAUCAUGGACUUUUACCUCUACCACAGUUGACAAACAAUUCCAUUAUAAGAGGUCCAAGGUCUCUGUUACUACAACGAAAGAAUGUUCAGCGGAUAGGAUACACCUCGUCUAACCCUGCGUUUUCGGUUGUAAAUGAGUUCGCGACGAUCCAGUGAAAGUGGAGACAGUGAUGAAUAUGAACUACUUUUGCAAGCUGAAAGGGUUCAGCUAGAGGAGGUAGCAGUACGAGAGUUGGAAUCUGCUAAGCAUAAACAGGUUGCUUUCGCGGUGCGCACAAACAUUAGUUUCGAUGCUGCUGUAUACGGAGGAGAUGCUCCCUCGCCCAACCGGGUCAUUUCGUUUGAGGCCAGAGAGUUCCUGCACAUCAAAAAACGUUUCGAUCCCUACUGGUGGAUCGGUCGCAGGGUUCACAUCGGCAGUCCACUCGGUUUUAUCCCAAGCCCUGCUAAAUUAGAAAUUAUCCAUGGGAACCUGUACUCUAAUUUCAUGGCAGCUCAACAAAACACUACAGAAUCCCAUAUGAAUCAAGCGGCGAACGUGAACAGUUUAGGUCACACUGGGAAACUCCCUACAAACGAAGGAGAUGGAACAAUGGAACGAAAUCGACUCAGAGGACUAUUCAUGGGAGGAUCAGAUCAAGACCGAAAGGGCCCGCCGCUCUCUGCCAACCGUAGGAGACUUUCGGACGAUAUGUUACAAGGAGAAUAUAUCGGUGAUGGAUACGAUGAUGCUGAGGAUCUUCAAGGUGGGGGAGUUAAUCAUUCUACGGGGACUGCAUUGCAAGAUGGUCAAUGGGCACCUGGUGCCGCGAGCAGAAGGCCAGGUCAGGCGCCCGGUUCCAGCGCUGGUGUGAAGAGAAAGGUGUUCUUCAAAAAGCCUGACGCCGUCGUACCUUAUGAAAUCGUCCCAUGUAUGCGUCCGGUUGUUUUUGUCGGUCCCGCUCUUAAGGGCUAUGAGGUAACCGACAUGAUGCAGAAAGCCAUCUUCGAUGCUAUGAAGAAACACUUUGACGGGCGGAUUAUCGUGAGUCGAGUGAGCACAAACAUUUCUCUGGCUAAGCGCGUUGGAGCUCUGCUACAUUUGGACAAGAAAAGCGUCACUGAGCGAGGAAGAAGCAGACAACUAGUCACACUACUGGAAGUUCAGCAAGAUCUGGAGAGGAUUUUUCAUCUUGCAAGCAAGAUGCAGUUGCUUCUCUUGGAUUGUGACACGGUCAACCAUCCUAGUCAAAUAUCCAAAACUUGCUUGGCUCCCAUUGUGAUUUACAUAAAAAUUGGCAGCAUACGUGUACUCAAUCGCUUGAUAAAAAAUCGCGGGAAGGAGCAAAAGAAAAACGCCGGGGUACAGACUGCGGCUGCUGAGAAACUACUUCAAUGUCAGAACGAUGCUUUCGACUUCAUAGUGGACCAAAACACCUUGGGUGCUGCGACAGAGGCACUCCGCCAAUAUUUGGAAAACUAUUGGUUCGCUACCCACCCUAUCACGGAACAAACUAAAGCUGAACGCAUACUCGGCACGGACUCUGGUGAACUCGAUUCAGACCGGCCACUGGUCCCCAUGACUCCAGGGCAUCCGGGUCUGAGUGUGGUGACAAAGUCCGCGCUCAAUGCAGGCUUCACUAGCCAAGAAAUCAGCGCUCUAACUGGAGCACGAGCGGCUGGUUGGGCGACAGAGAACGGGGUGCCCAUGGAAAAUGAGCUCGGCCUUACCGGAGCACACUACGGAGGCGGGAGCCUCGGUAGCGAGUUCAACUCACUCCAGAUCUCCUCACAUGGCGACAGGGUAGAGACAACGAACCCUCACUAUGGCUACAACAAGGAUGAUUACAGACAUAGUUUGUUAACAGAAGAGGAUGAGAGACAGAGUCUACGCGUAACCGUCCCCGAUGUAACUUCUCAACACACGCCACAUAGGCCUCACCUGAAUGUGGGAGCGGCGCAAGCUGUCGCAAUGGCAGCACUCGCCGCCGGGUUAUCGCCGCGGCCACGACCCGUACAUCCUUCGUUGGUUGUAUCGAAUAAGCAAUUGUUCCACUCGGACGCACAUGACAAUCGGGCAUCUGCCCAUCGAGGGUCUCCGGGACUUGCAAUGGGAAUCGGGAUGGGCCUAGCUAGCGGCGCUGCUGCUAAUUUUAUCAACGCUACGCUAUUUCAUAGCCACUCUCUUCAUCCGGAUGGUCCCAUAGCGAAGAAGCCUGUCUCCUGGCCAUCGGUAGCCGCUGCAGCAGCUGUCACUGUUCGGCAACCACCACUGAAAGAAUUGGGGAUACAUCAAGUGGAAGGAUCCGAUGGCACUCACGUUUAUCAGAGCCGAUCUGCUCGACAAGCAAAGCAGCGCCAAACUGAACUGGAACGUGUGCGACGUGAAGCCGAGGCGAAAGUACUUGCUUUGCAGGCCACUGUGGGGGGUCGUCGAAGACGGAAAGUUCGUGAACCGAGACCAUUGGAGCACCUUGACGGAAGAUUACAGGGCGUCAAUGACAGUCUUGUGCAAGGUAACUUUCUUUCUUCAGAGCAUCACCGAGGCGAAGGUGAGGCGCAAGGGACUGGUGGUGGCUCCAAAGCGCCCACUGGCUAUCGAGUUAAACACUUGGACGAAUGGGAAGAUUACAAUCCUUAUGAAAGUGAAUCGCUGUUUCCGGGGGGUAGUUAUCCCGGCACCGGUCCGCCGGUAGAUGGCAUGCGUAGAGCUUGCCCUCCAGAUGAAUGAGUUUCAUUACAGUUUGCACUUACACAAUUGCUUUAACGAAAUGCACUAGUUCACCUGACUUGUACAUCGGUCUCUAAUCCAUGGGGUUCUACAGUCGAUGGUGUCAGUGCCAUUUGUUUGUCCUUUUUCUAUCCCUGUAAUCUUUUCACCGCCUUAUGUGCUUGCCUUUCCUUCCGCGCAUUUCUAUACCAUCCAAACCUCAUAGAUGAUUUCUUUGAUAAAAACUGGACCAUAUCAUUCUCAUACUGUUUCUGAACAUAUAUUGUAACCUUCAUCGGCCAAACGUUACGCUACUCGUGGUCAAUUAUCCUU